GGCGUAUUUCAUGUAGGCGAUUUGUGCAUCAAGAAGAGUGCAUUAGUUUGCUCUCUUGAGAAACGAGUAUUUAAUGACGUUUCUUCGCGUCUUCUUCGAUGUGGCUGUUCGGCGCGAUCUGAAAAUUCUCCCGAGAUAUGACAAGUGGAAGGUGUGCGCAUGAAAAGUGAAGUGUGUAACUGUACGGUGAUUCCGGCUGCCCGGUAUUCUAUAUAAUAAUACGCCACGACGUCACGUAGCGACGAUCGAAUGUCGUGAGCAGCGACUAUAUCUGUCACAUUCUCGAUCAAAUUGUUAAUUAAUCUAGUGCACAAACAUAUCCUAAAAGAAAAGAUAAAAACGUAUAUUCUUUCACGCUCUUACUUGCAAACGUUUAAAUUGUUUUGGGAAAAGGAUAGAAAAAGAAGGGAUAUUUUGAGAAGGAAUGUCCCAGAUUACGGUUACAUCAAGUGGGAUGGAACGCAGUAUUCAUGAAAUGUUGAAAGAUGCACCUUCCUUAAAUGAAAGUGACAGUGCUGUACAUACCGGAACUCCUCCGCCUCAUGUACCGAACAACUGUAGCAACGAUAGUCACCCGAGACCAGCUACUAUAAAUUUGAGCUUAGGAAGCCCCACAACUCAAACUUAUGUUUGUAAUCUUCUAGCGGUGACAGUUUCCCCAAAUACACCUGUUCAAAAUGGGGAUACACAAACUAUGCGCACUACACAGAGCAAAAUUGAGAGUCUGAAGAAUUGGAGUAUCUCCACAUACAAAUGUACCAAACAAUUAAUGUAUGAAAGAUUAGGAAAAACAUCGCGUACUGUAGAUUUUGAACUCGAAACGCAGAUUGAGUUACUUAGAGAUACUCAAAGAAAAUAUUGCAACGUUCUGCGAUUAUCACGAGCUUUGGCAUCACAUUUUCAUCAUGUUGUUCAAACACAACACGCUCUCGGGGAAGCAUUUUCUGAACUAGCGCAGAAAUCGCCUGAGCUUCAAGAGGAGUUCCUGUAUAACUCGGAAACGCAAAGAAAUUUAACUAAAAACGGCGAGACACUUUUAGGGGCCUUAAAUUUCUUUGUUUCCUCUGUGAAUACGCUAUGUAAUAAAACGAUCGAGGACACGCUACUUACAGUGAGACAAUAUGAAACUGCAAGGAUAGAGUACGAUGCAUAUAGAACAGAUUUAGAGGCUCUUGUACAAGCUGCAAAAUCAGAUAGUAACAAUGCGGCGAGAUUAGAAGAGGCACAGGCUAACUAUGAGGGACACAAGCAGAAUUUUGAAAAAUUACGCUCAGACGUUUCCAUUAAGUUGAAGUUCUUAGAUGAAAACAGGAUUAAAGUGAUGCAUAAGCAGUUGCUAUUAUUUCAUAAUGCCGUAUCAGCUUACUUUUCGGGGAAUCAAACUGCAUUGGAAGCGACUCUUAAACAAUUCAACAUCAAAGUGAAAUCACCCAAUUCCACCUUACCGUCAUGGCUAGAGCAGUAGUCGAAUUAGAACGAAAUACUUCGUUCUACCAUGAAGGAUGUGAAUAUUUAAGUGCGUUCGUCCAUCGAGUUACUCUGUUGCAAAAUACAGAAAGUAAAGGUAGAACAGUCAUCAAAAAUUUGGCAAUUUACGCCAGUAUGUAUCGAGAGCUGCCGUUUAGUCUGACAGUUUACAUAAUAGAGUGAAAAAAAAUUGCGAAAUUCAUGGUGUAUAAACAGACUGAAUUCAAGUUACGGUGUAUCUAAAUAUUAUUGAUCAUAUAUGAUACUUUCAACAUAAAAUCGUGUAUCAUAAAAUUAAUAAUUCUUUUAAGAGAAUUAUAAAGUGAUAGAAGAAAUCUCAAAACUUGAUUAACAAUGUCACAAAAAUUAAUUUUCAACUUACAUUUGAUGAAGCAAUAGGUAUUUAAUUUUUAUAUUUCUCUUCAAAGAGUUCUCGGAUGUAAAUACGUAAUGUGACGUAAACAAGAUAAAUGGAGCUUUCUAUUUUACAAUAUAUUAGUAAUAUUAAUUGCUUGUUUAUAUCACAACACUUUACACGCGCAUAAUAAACAUGUAGCUUUUAAUAACAAUAGAUACGUCUGCUAUUUAAAAGACAUUUUUAAAUUACAAAUUUGUGUAUUUAUUUAUAAAAGUUCAAGCUUUAAGAUGAUGGUACUGCUAAAUUAUAUAAAUUUAUUUUAUUCUAUUUAUAACUGUUACUUAUCUGACUAUAUAUAGUAAUCAAAAUAUAUCACAGAUAUAUCAGAGAAUAUUACAGAACCUAUGAAUGAGCUUGUAUCAUAAUUUAGUAAAACUUUUUAUUUUCUAAAUCACAGAAUGCAGAUACUUGCUACAUAAAUAUUUCUGUUUUUUCUUAAUGUUUUAGUUCAAAGAUUAUAUUGUGAUUGGAAAUAUGUAUUAUAAAAAAUUACUAUUAUUGUUGGAUGAAAUUUACUCUACAAUUAUACAUACUAAAUAAAAGUAAUUCCGUUUCUCUUCUCUAAAUAAAUUAUGAAAAAUAUCAUAAAGACACAGAUAAUUAUUAUAGCAUAAUAUAAAUGUGUACCAGUAUGAUAUUGAUCAUAAUUCAAUUAUAGAAGAAACGAAUUUUAUGACAUGUAGUAUAUAUAAUAACAGUAGAAAACAGGCAAUAUUAUGUAAUCUUGUAAAAAUUUCUAUAAAAUUAAUUUAUUUAAUACUAAAACAGUAUUUUUAAAUUUAAAUUUUUGUGCACAAGCUAUAAAUAAGAAUUAGCUAUUUUCUUAUUCAAUUAUCUAUUUAAAAAUUACGAGAGUAAGAAAGGAUGAUAUCCAAAAUAAAUAAGUUGAAUUGCUUGUGCUUGUAUGCUAUAGCUGGGACACGAUAUGGUUUAUGCAUUACUCACACAUAUUGUACACACUGUUCGUAAAGAAAUUUUCAGAUCUUGAAAACUUUUCAAAAUAUUUUAAGUAAUGGCAUUUUCAAUAAAGAUCAUUUAUUAUCUGCCAUGAUAGUGAUAACUAUUGCAACUAGCUACAGUUAAUGAAACAAAUAAAUUAGCUAGUACCUAUAUAAUAUUAUGUAUGUGUUAUUUCACAAGAUUGCGAAGUUGAUUCUUCCAGUGUGUAUAUGAUAUUUAGUAAACGUUUCACAUGUGUGUAUGAUGAAUGUAUACGAAGUAAAUGUACAAGAUAUCAAGAAUCUUGGAAAAUCAGCAGAUCUCUAUCGUUUUACGCUUGUAUCUGUUAUCUAGGAUAUAAUAGCGCGGUAAUAUGAGAUAUUUGAUAACUCUGGCCUUCAAUAUGUAAACUGCUACAUCCUGUAUAUAUUCUUUGAAUAUGAUGCAAAGAUUUUAAUUCUUUCUUUAGUUUAUGUAUUUGUUAUA